AUGGCUGGUAUUCCCCUGAACUGGUCUCCUUGCACCGGGUGUACAUGCCCAAAUCAUCACAUAACAUCCUAUGAUUUUUCUCCUGAUCGCUAUAUUCUCAAAGACCCGAAUUUGGCGCGUCUUGCUGGUUCGAAUGACCAGCCUUUAGAAGGAGAGGUGAUUACGCUCCAGGCAAUGAUAGCCUCAUACAAAGCAGAUAUACGGGAUAUCGACACGGAAGCAUCGCGUCUGGUGCAAUUCAUCGCCGAGAUGAGAGGUCGUAUUUCUCUUGUAGAGCAGAAAGUGGAUGCUCUAUGUCAAGAGAGACAGUCCAUAUCUGACGCAAUCAUUGAAAGGGAAAAAAUCCUCAAUCCUGUUAGGCGCCUCCCCGCAGAGAUCCUUGUUCGUAUCUUUCACUCGACGAUUGACUUCCCCGUAUCACGGUCUUAUAACGUGGAUGACCACCAAUGGCACUUCCAUCCUGGCGAGAAUACCCUCUGGGAAAUUGAGAAAGUAUGUAGGGAGUGGAAAACGGUGGCAUUGUCAUUUCCAGAAUUAUGGUCAUCCAUAAACAUCGUUAUCAAUGACGAUAACUUCGGCGAUCAUUCCCAUGGUAACGCAUACAUUCGAUGGCUUGGCAGGCAGCUGGAUCGUUCAAAGAACUAUCCCUUAGCAUUGUCAGUAUGGAAUGACGAUGAUGAUUCAACUUUUACCAAGCUCCCCCCCGCGCUGACCGCGAUCCUAUACUCGUUUUCCACCCAUGUGGAGUGCCUUCACCUCUAUCUCACGUCCAAGAUAUUUUCAGCCAUGCCAUUAUUGCAUCUCUCGCUGCCGUCGUUGAAAAGCGUGUGUCUGUUUCCUACGGACAUACAAGUUAUGGAUGGGUACGAGAACUUAGAUCUAUUUCUCUGCCCGGUACUUCGUCGGCUUCAUAUUGUCGAGGUCCAGCGUGUGUCACAUUGUUUUCGCCUUCCGUGGAUGCAGAUUACCCAUUUUAGGAGUGAAUAUGGAGACUUGCUGCAUGCCUCACAACCCGUUUUGCAUGAUAUGCGAAAGCUCACGCAUAUUGAAGAAUGCCACCUGGUCCUUGAAGCUGAAAGUUCGGAGGGGGAGAAUGACCUGCCUGUGAAACAAGUUGCUGACAGGCUCAAACUUCCUGCCCUCGAGAAGCUUCAGAUAGCACGUUUCCCCAAUGACCGUCCGCGUGAGAGUGAUGAAACUUUCACAGCUGUCUGCGGUCUCCUGGAACGCUCGAGAUCGCCACAUAUCACCACCCUUCACUUCGACCAUGGAUGCACCCUGGAGGAGGAUCUUUUACAAAUACUUCGCACAUGUCUGACCCUUGAGGAUGUUCGCCUCACAGACGUAGACGAAGGCGCAAUUACUGACGAGAUACUUCUCCAGCUGACGCUGAGGGUUGACGGAACCACGCCUUUGGUUCCACGUCUGCAUACUUUGCAUAUAAGUGGGCCAAUGACAUUCAAUAUGCAGACAUUUGUGGAUAUGGUGGAGUCCCGAUGGACACUUGCCCAUGCCCAAUCGCCUCCUGUUCAGCGCUUGGACGAGGUCAAUCUAUGCCGGUUCCUUGAAACGGAGGAUGAGCCAGACGAAGAUGAAGUGGAGCGUAUUACGAUUCUUUCUGCUCUUGAUGUAGAGGCGGCAGCAACCAAAUUGUCCAUCACAACUGUGGAUGUGGACGUCAGAGUGACUCUCCCCAUCGUCACUCCCCUUUUGAUAGACGACAUGACAUUGAUUAGUCAGGUCCUUCCCACACUGUCCCCAUCUACACUCUUGCCUGUACAAUCUCCCUCAACAGUCAACUUGGAUCCAUCUCCACCGGCCCCGUCUCUGCCUAACCUGGUCCUGGACCAGGGACCACCCUCCACUUCGACUCGUGGUCUACCAAAGAGUCAAGGCUUGCAGGUUUGGAAGGAUCACCUGGCAGCUAGAGUGAGGGAGAAGGACUUGGCUGAGAAGGGAAAGACAUGGGAUCCCAAGGGUUCUGAUCAGAGUAAUUACGAAUCUCUCAGGUUGCAUCUGCCUACCAAGGGAGAGUCUGUCGCAGCACAUCAGGAGCGAAUGGCAGCGAAUGAAGGGAGUCUGUAG